CUCACCAUAGAGUGCAAGGCGGAAGCAACAUUCCGGGCCGUACUCCGUAGAGAUCGUCCGUGAGAAUCUUCUCAAAUGAAAGUCAACAGAGCUUCAACCAAUUGUCAAUCCCUUCUCCACUUUUCAUUUUGUCCUUGCCAAUUCAUCCUUGCACUCGCUCCGGGCACGGCUUCAUCUAAGCCCCAAAGUCCCUCCUCCACAUCACGCGCAGCCUUAUUACGAUUCACCGAAGCAACGUCUGGCUCGGCACUUUCGCACUCUCGGCUCCGAUAGCCUGAAUCAUCUCCGGAUCCUUCACACGCACUGAAUCCCGAUCCUUCACAUGCACUAAAUCGCCGCCGACUCCUUCGCAUUCAGUCUGCAAGGCCCAAAGCCAGGCACGCAACACGUCUAGUCCCCUCAUUUCUCGGCACAUCUCGUUCACCAUUCUCGCGCUUGCAUCCUUGUCCCAUCCUUUCUUCCCUCCGCGGGCCUCUGCCAGCAAACAACCAUGGCUUGCUCCGUUGACUACCCCCUCUGCACAAUAUGCGGCGUACGGCUCUAUGAGUCCUCUGAGCUGGAGGAGCCACUCUUUGCCCAGGGUCCCUCACCUUGGUACCCUGACAUUUGGAAGACGUCGGCUAUCGUCAUCUCCGGCCCUCGCUGGCCGUCGUACAGCAAGGGACCCGUAGCAGAUGAUUCUGUCACGCGAUAUGUCGCCUCGCCAUCCUGGGAUCCCGGCGCAGUGAGCAUCAAGCCUGGUGGCCCCACCGUCUUCACCCAGUUUUCCUACCCUCCUGGCAGCCACGAUGACUUCAACCCUACCACUGAAAGUCACUGGUACUUUGGUAUACACUCUGCCUGCGAGGACAUUGCCAAUGUGGUUAUGCGCACAUCUCGUGAAGCGCUCAUCCGAUCAAUUGGCGACCUUUGGAUGACGCUCGAUCAGCGAUGCACUAAAACCGAUUCUGAGCACCGUUUCUUCAUUCCGUUCCUUCCAAACGUCCCUGAAAAUCGACCAGGGGAACCAAUCAAUCUAUCAUUACGUCGCUACUAUAUCCCCAGAGAUUCGAUCCCAGGCGACCAAGCGGAUUUUGACGACCUUUACCAAUGGUGGGAAGAGGAUCCACUGUUUAUCCCAGAUCUGACUGCCCGACUUCUUUCCAAUCUGAAGCAGUGCAAAUCGGCGGACGAUGCUUGUCUUCAAUCGCGGGAAAAGUUCGAAAAGUUGCCCCAGGAGAUCAAGGACAACAUUCUGGCUGAACUUCUCAAUCAGCCUUUAGCGCUGGAUUGCAGCUAUUCGAUACCCCAACGGUAUUGGAAGCAAGCCUUCGAAGAUAUCCCAUUUCUAUGGGAUCUUAACGAGGAGAUUCUCAAUGAAAAGAUUCGAGAAGCAGAGUCAGCGGGCACAGAAUGGGACUGGGAAAAAAUUACCCGCCAGCUUAUAACUCCAGUUACCAUUGUUAGUGGGACGAGCCAAUUCAACCCCGAACCUUGGAACUAUGACCAGGUGGGGUUGGAUGUUCCUCACGGUCUAAACAACCGUCGACGAAUUUGGCAAAUUCUUGAGGAGAUGUAUCCAAAUGAUGUGGGCUUGGAGGAUUAACCCCGCAAUUCUUCUACUUCCUCUGAGGAUGGGCACAUGGAUAGAUGAUGGCCCUGCCAAUAGUGUGAUGGAAUACUAAAGAAGCCAAAUAUUUACACGUAGUCUUAUCAUCAAAUCGAUUUCAACCAA